AUGGCGCCGUUCCUGGAUUUUUGCUACUACCGUCGUUUUAGUAGUCCGCACGGGAAAAAAAUCAAGACUGUCGUCGAGUUAGCUGAGGACGAGAGACCAUCCGAUGGGGUUAGUCAUGCAUCGCCAACCAACUUCAGCCAGACGAUAAAAACAUGCUCUGGAAGAGAACAGGAAAGGACGGCGAUAUCCGCAGUACGACGGCCGUGGAUGCUAGCCUAUGGAUUUGUCACUGUGGUGCCGAUGACACCUUCGAAUUAG